AUGUGGCAUUUAUCCCUGUUGAUGCUGGUGGCGACUGCGUCUGCGCAGAUACCAUCACUGGGAUGGUGUCCUGACUAUCAGCCCAUGGCCAAUUUCAACAUCAACCGUUUCCUUGGCAACUGGUUUGAAGAGGAACGCUACUUUACUGUCUCCGAGUUGGGUACGCGAUGCGUCAACACAAAAUACGAGUCUACACCUGAGGGCAGGAUUAUUGUUUCCAACGAAAUCACCAACUCGCUUACGGGAAUGAAACGCGUGCUAGAUGGUACUCUUCAAAUGAUCGGACGCGAGGGUGAAGGCAGAAUGGUGAUCAAGUACGCUUCAUUGCCCGUGCCUUAUGACAACGAGUUUAUCAUCCUGGACACGGAUUAUGACACCUUCGCCGUGAUGUGGGCUUGUAGUGGUGUCGGGCCUGUUCAUAUUCAAAACGCCUGGAUCUUAACGCGUGAUCGCCUUCCAACACCAGCGAUAAUGAUGAACGCAUACGCAGUUCUCGACAGAUUUAAGAUCACAAGAACCUUCUUCGUCAAAACCAACCAAGCCGACUGCAACAUCUUACCGCAACCAGCCGCUGCACCACUCGAUCUUAAAAUUGACGUUAUAGUCGAUGCCAAGAAUGCCGUCCCAGAUUCAGUUCUACAAGCCGAUGUUCCGGAAAAUUCCGAGGUCCUAGAACGUGCCGCAGUUCCUGAAAUAAUGGAAACAAAGCCACUUAAAAUGCCCGAAGAAGAACAAAAGAAGGAUGAGAAAAUGGAAAAGCCGAUGACAAUGGAUAUGAAAGACGAGAUGAUAAAGAAGGAUGAAAUGAUGAUGAAAAAAGAUGAAGUGGUCCAGCAGGAAGUAAUGGAGAAGAACGAAGAAACAAGACCUAGUUAA